AGACACUUGGUCAUUAUUUCACUACAGUAUCUCAAAGCUUCUCAAUACGAAAGUAUUUGUUGAAAAUAAUUGAGAAUGGCAACUUCCUCGUCUUGCGUUCCCGCUGGUUUUUGGUGCCCGCACACAGCAACGCACGACUUCGUUGAAGGAAACUACGCUGUUUCCCAUUUUAUCGUCGAAUUUGGGAACACGAUCUCGUGCUCCUUCAUGGUCUACGCCGGUCUCUACCUCUUGAUGCAGUAUCGAGAAGGGAAGCGAAGCGAUGACAUGUCUUCUCAGCAAGAGCAAAAAGAUUCGAAGCAAAGUAGAGGAAACACCGGGAAAGGCGAAGGCCCAUACUGGCCAUGCGAAAAGCUACUCUUGGAUGACGAUGUUUCGACACUUUUGGUAGGCACGUCCGUGGUACUCGUUGGCAUAGGUUCUGCCCUGUUUCACGGCACUCUCCAAUACGGGUUACAAGGUAAUUCCAUUCUCCCCUAAGAUUCCGAGCCACCACUUUUCAAGUAGGAAAGUGGGAGUCAGAGAUGUUUUGAAGAAAGGAAAAGAGAUUGUGUUACCUCCUCCUCCAAGUACAACGGUGGGCUCAAGUCGCGGACGAGCUGCCUAUGGUUUGGAGCGCUUUGGGCUUUCAGUUUGCGUUGCAAAAUGCGAUCCGGAACGCCAGGAUGCGAAGUGACUCUUCCUUUCCAGCUACUAAAAAGGGAGCGCGCGCGAGCUUACUCUUGUGGGCGUCAUGGGCGAUCUGCAUGGUUUUGGCAACUGGUCUCUAUUUCCUCUGCGAUUUCCUCUUUUUCAUCGGCCUCUAUGCGUUCUUAGUGUGUCUUCUCGCAGCUCGAGCAUUGUCCUUGAGGGAUACCGAUUUCAACAUCGACGACAUUCUACUUUCCGAAGUACAUUUACAACAACAAAAGAUGGAGGGAGAAAGGCACAUGCGGCAAGUGGUACAAGGGGAAGAUGAGGAAGUGCUAGUACAAAAGGAAGAGGGUAAAAUCGUCACCACUAGCACAAGGAACACGACAGCGUCGUUGGAGCGCGCAGCACGGCACGCAGUUGUAGCGUAUAUUGGUGGUGCGCUUUUCUUCUGGAUUCCAGUCGAAAUCCUUAAAGUGUACUCUCAUCCGAUGUUAACCCCAACGAUGCACGCUGUUUGGCAUGUAGCAUCCGGUAUAGGACCGCUUGCCUUCGGCCAAAUGAUUGUGUUACUGAAUCUACAUGGAAAGGUAAAAAAUGGGCGGUUGCGCAGCUCGGAAACUGAAGUAUGUAGGGCUUCUGGGAGCUACUCUCCUUGUUAUCGGAAGGAGAAAAUUCCCGGAAUGAAGAUGACGUUUGCAUCAGGUAGCCGUAAACCUUCAGAUAAGACCUCGAGCUUCAUAGUGGCUCGCUCACCGUGCCUCAUGAGCCUCGGUGUAACGACUUAUCAUCUAGAAGGAGUGGGUCGCAAAAAGUGUGAAUUGUCUUCUCGUGUCAACCUCUUAAAGCAGAAAACCAAGACAUGAGUGGCACUAGC